GCGGUAAUGUUGCGGACUUUUUGUUUAGGUUCAAAAUGGAAUCAGACAGCAGCGUCUCAAGCGAUGAAUUUAGGGUUUUAAUGUCAUGAUGAGCUUACUUUGACCAAUACAUUCGCCAACAAGGACAUUUGUUUUCAAGGCAACAUCUACCGCUGGCUAACGUUCAAUAACGGUUAUCGAUUUCGUCACUCAGUCAAACUCUACACGUUGAUCUAGUGAUGUUACCUCGGAGGACUAUGGCCACUUUAAAGUCCUCCAAGCAGACUUCAGCUAACGUUACAGCAUCCAAGAUCAAAAGCAAGAUCCUCAACACCUCCUCCUUCUUCAAGGUCUCUCUGAAGACCAACAACAAGGCCUUGGCUCUUGGUCUGCAGGCCCAGAAGGAGAGGGGCAGGCAGCUGGAGAUGGAGGUCGUGUACCUUCAGAAACAAGUGGAGGCUCUCUGCUUCGAUCUGGCCGCCAAGAAUUACAAGCAGAGGAAACUGCUCCUCAUCUUUAAAUCUCUUCGUAGCAACACUCUGGAGCACUUGGACAUGGCGGAUGAGCUUUUCCCUGACAGUGAUCUUUCUGAACCAUCUGAGGACAACAAGUCCUCGUCUGGGGACGUCGACAAAGAAUGUCUUGCAGUGGGAAGCUUAACUCCCAUUAUUCGUCUCACUGGUCAGUUACCUCCUCCGUUAGAAAUAGCACAACAUUUGUUACCAGAACCAGAAGUACCAGCGGAGUUGCCUGAAAAAAUCAUCUCUGCAAAUGUCUUCAGUGUCCAGAACCGACCCAGAUUGUCGACUGAUCUUUCCAAUGAUAUUGAGGGAACACAUUCAAGCCAGUUUGUACAAGCUCCCCAGACAGGAACGUCCCGUCCGUCCAGCAGCCUGAGGGAGGAAGUAGAGAGGCUGUCAAUGAUCUUCUCUCAAUCCGGGUUCGAUAUGAAGUCGGUUCACUGUCUUCAGAACGGCCAAACCUCCUCAGCAGUGAGCCCGUGUGUAAAACCCAAGCCAUCUCUUUCUGGUGACGUCCCCCUUCCCAGUAGCUCAGACAAGGAAACCGAACCAGAACCCGGUAAGAAACAAGAGAAGACCGUGCUUCUGAAUACCACGAUGGAGAUGACGCUCAGCAAUGCCGCUGAGAUAGUCACUGUGGAAACCAAGGCCAAAAACACCGGCAAGCUGAAACGCAAGAAGAAUAAGGAACACGGCUGUGGGUCGAGUGGAGCUGAAAAGCCACAAGUACAGAACUCUGCAGAUGCUCCCACCGGCACUUUGUUACCGACAGAUGGGGAUGUAUUAGAUGAUAUUAGAGACCCAGAGGUUGAGCUUCAGCCUACCAAAACACAGAGUAGGAGUGUUGCUCCCUCUCUCAUUCCCAAACUGAUGAAGUCCGAAGCUGUCAAGCGUCAGAAAAUGCCGAAGGAACAAUUCAAGUCUCGUGACCAUACCAAGUCAAAAGCAGCGUCCCAAGACAUUGCCACACCAGACCUGGACGAUUAUUUCAUGGAUCCUGAAAUUAAAUUCCCCAAAUCCAGCAAAGGUGUAAAAUUACCACCAGGGAAUGAUUCAGUAGAAGAAGUCAGUUCCAAAGUCACAUGCAGGAGGUCCCGGACCAAAGGCAGGAGGGCAUCUUCGGUCACCCGGAAAACGUUCGUCGCUUUCCCUCCGCUCUCUCAUGAAAGUGAGUCAAGUUGGUUCAAAGUUAAAGAGGUCCACGAUGAAGUUGAAGGACGCAAAGUCCAAGAACCGUCCGAAGAGUUCCCGUUCUGUGCAGAUGAGGUCACACACCCGGAGUCGGAACAUGUGGGCAUUAAACCGCAGUGCAAAAUGAAGGCUAAUCCUGAGGGAGGUCAGAAAUCAAGAUGCAGAGGGACAUUUGUGGUCAGGGAUAGCACCUCAUCAACUAGAGCGUCGCAGGACUUAAUGCCUUCUACGGGAUCCUCCAUCUGUGAGGAAGAAGAACCGUCAACGGUCAUGGAUGCAGGUGUCGUUCUGAAAGGUUCAGAAUCAAACCCACACAGGCAGAGUUUGAGAGCCCCUGUCAGGGAAACACCGAGCCCCUGUAAGCGUCCUUGGCUGGCCACUCUGCAUUCAGGAGGCCUUCAAGAGAAUUUGCGCAGCGGCAAUAACCACGACGCAGCUCCGCUGGAUCAAGACUGCACUUCGGAAGCAGAGUUUCAGACGCCUAAAAAAGCCAAGAGAGAGGAAAUGAGUCGAACCUAUAAGAAGAAAGCCGCUCAGAGGGAGGAGAGCGUCGAUCAUUCAAAUGACAGGAAGAAGAAGAAGAAAAGUAGGCGAAGCAACAUAAGAUUUAAACCCGAGGAUGAAGGAUGUCCUCGCGGUGAUGCCUCACCUCUCCGUGGCGUUGAUGGGCCUGAAAGGAACAAAGAGCAGUUAGAUGAUUUCCAAGUGGUUGACUCACAUUCUGACAACAGUGAAAAGGGUGACAUCUUUGAACAUUUCUACGAUUCACAUCCCAACGGGUCAAAGUCAAGGAUGACUCAGAAUCUAAAACGAUAUAGAAAGACAUCUACGCUGCAGACGACCACAGAGGGCAGAAAUUCAAGGGAAACGGUUGUCUACAGGCGGAAAACUCAAGACAAUGUUCCACAAGGCGACACGCGGACGUCUAAUGUGUCACACAGACGCACAGUGGACCUGCUGACUGACGAGACGCCGCCGUGGCUGGACAUGUACGUCAGCAUGGCCGACACUGAGGCCGGCUCCUUGCUGGCUAGUCCCAGGAGGGAGACGUCGGGCAGAGUGGCAGUGAUUGAAGAGUCUGCUGAUGUCACAACCAAAGCCUCUCCAGCAGGCAGAGUCUUAACACUGACCAACACCAACACCAUUCGAACCCCCGGCAGUGAGAACGGCGGGAGGUCCAGGAGAGGAAAAGUUGUCGUCAGUUAUAAAGAGCCGACCCUCAACAGCAAAAUGAGGCGUGGCGACAAAUUCACCGACAGCGAGUUCCUGAGUUCUCCCGUGUUCAAGGACGGGAAGAAGAAGAAGAAGACGACGACAAAGAAGAAGAUCAAUCCAAAGUUGGAGAGAUCCAUUCUGGCGGACUUCUCAACUGACUGAUGAUUAUUAUGGUUUUAUUUUAAGUUGUUUUCUUAGUCAAACAUAUGUUUUGUAGAUGUAAACUAGUCUGUGUUUUUAAAAACACUUGUUUCCAGUAAUGUCUGGCUGGUGAAGGUCUAAGAGAUCGUUGGUCAUGAAUUAUUCACUCCAGGCGGUUCAUCUGAGAAGUCUCUUCCACAUCACUGUUGACGGCUUGUGUUCAGAGAGCUUUCCAUAUUCAGAGCAGCAUGACUGCAGCUCACCGCGUGUAAAGGUUCUAUGUCGGCUCGUUUACGUUCCACCAGAUGUGUGGUGAGUACGGAUGCGUGUGUGUAAAAUUAGUUUUAAAUAUGCCACUGAUUAUUGUUGUCUGCACAUUAAAAAAAAUUUAAAAUAUUCCUUUUAUUCAGUUUUUGAUUUGUUGCACACAGCUGUUUUACCACUAGUUACAGAGAUAGUUUUUCUUAAGGUGUGUGUGUGUGAGUGAGAGAGAGACACACACACACACACACAAGGUGUCAGGUUCACGUCCUGACUAUGCAGCAGUUAAUUAACCUUAUUUUUACUUUAAUGUUACACGUCACUCAUUCCAGUCAUCGUGGUAAUGAAGAGUAAAUUGUACUUUUAAGAAGUAAUUCAAUAUUUAGAUGUUUUUGACAGGAGUAGUACAUGAAGGGAUUUCAUUCACGAAAUGGAGGCGAGGCAGCUGAAGAGAGACGUUGAGGCGCUCAUGUGAGUGGAUGUUAAAAGCUCAGAGAUCGUUGGAAAAAGCACAUUUUAAAAUGCCAACUGAUUCUUUUUUUUAUUUCUAAUCGGAACAGAGGUGAUUACAUUGGGCAGAAACUCAGAGAGAAAUCUUUUGAUCCAAAGGGGAAGGGGACCUCCACAAUGCUGGAUGACCUGGUAAAGACACAUUAAAACACGUCGUCACAACUGUGACUCUGAGUUAACUGCUAACGUCAGUUGAUGGAAGACACAGAAUUCAGAGGCAGAGCUGCACAAACAUUAUUUAUACUGUAUAUACUAAUCAUUGCAACCAUUACUUGAGGAUUGAGUUGCUGUGUAUUUCAUUUGUUCCAGGCUCACUAUGACCUGGCUAUUGGUGUCGCCCUUUGGUGGUUGGACAAAGACGAGGGACGGGAUGUGCUUGAUGGAGACAUCAUGUAAGCUGCUCCUGUUUUUAUAGACUCAAGUUACACCAACGUAGAGGUGGAAGACUCUGAUCUUUCUAGUAAAAGUAGUAAUACCUGAGUGUAUUCCUCUGAAUAUCAGGUGUGUUGGAACGAGCAGAUUUGUCGUACUGUGUGGGAGACGAGUGGAAAUUAAAAAUGUAUGAUGUUCAGCAGCACCAGACGGGCUUAUGUUGCUAUAUUUAGACACAGGGCUCAUGGCCGGUCUGUGGCAAAAGUGAACAAGGGGACAAGGGCCCCUCCAUCUCCUGGGGGCCCCUAGAUAUAAAUACUUGACUGGUUGCUAAAUGAAGCAUUCCUCUCUACCACAGUGGAGCAACGAGCAGCUCAGGAGGUGCUCGGUAUCCUAAUCGCUUAGAACGGGAGGCCAUGAUCCUGUCGUCCUUUGCCGGGAUAAUUAUGGUAUGAGACAAUGUCAC